AUGGCUCGCCAAACGUCCCUUGACUCCGAGCGGCCCAUCAUGACGAACUCGAACCGGACCUCAAAGCGAUUCUCUACCGUCAGCGGAAGCCCCUCGCUCGCUGCCUCCGAACGCACGAUUGGAAGCCUGCCCAGUGGAGACCCUAGAGUCGCUGACAUCACCCACCUCGGUGAUGGUCUGGAGCGCCUGGAGAACAAGCCCCUGCAAGCGCAACGCUUUGUGCCCACUGAGGAGAAGUCCGACAACUUGAACAAGUUGGCUCUUGGAGCUAAGGUGGAACGCGCCCUCGGACGACGAAUGACCGGUCAGGAUGCUGUGAUGCGCAAGCCGCUCAGUGAGAAGGCUGCUGCGAGCACCACCGCUUAG